AGUGACCUAUGACCUGUACGUACGCAUGACGUCAGGAGCUGCGUCAGCCAAUAGGGAAGAGGCUCUUUUUGGACGUAGUACACUAGUGCUAGCCGGGUAUCUGGUUUGCUAACGAGAGAGAAGAUGGAUUCUCCCAUACUGGAACCUUCCUUGCACACCGUCAAAGCUGUACUGAUUCUGGACAACGAUGGAGACAGGCUUUAUGCCAAGUAUUACGACGACACGUACCCAACAGUUAAGGAGCAGAAAGCUUUCGAGAAGAACAUAUUUAACAAGACUCACCGGACGGACAGUGAGAUAGCAUUACUGGAGGGCCUGACAGUUGUGUACAAGAGCAAUAUAGACCUCUUCUUUUAUGUGAUUGGAAGCUCACAUGAAAAUGAGCUUAUGCUUAUGGCCGUUCUAAACUGCCUUUUUGAUUCCCUGAGUCAGAUGUUGAGAAAAAAUGUUGAGAGGAGAGCUUUGCUGGAGAAUAUGGAGGGACUCUUCUUGGCUGUGGAUGAAAUCGUGGAUGGAGGGGUGAUCUUGGAGAGUGACCCACAGCAGGUUGUGCACCGUGUGGCCCUUAGAGGUGAUGAUGUACCGUUGACAGAGCAGACAGUCACCCAGGUGCUUCAGUCUGCCAAAGAACAGAUCAAGUGGUCACUUCUCCGAUAAUUGUCUUUACUCCAUUGCAACCAGGGAGCCGCUGCUCGGCACAUGGCACUGAUCGCCUCCUCCCCCCUCUGGUUCAGUCAAAGCUGUGAGCAGCACAAACGACUGAUCCAGUCAUACUUUCGGACUUCUACUUUAUAAAGUUUCUGUUUUCCUAAUUUUUUGCUGUCUUUCCGCUCUGUUUUUAUGAUCAAAGUGAAGAUAAAAAUGUGUACAUUCCAGUAAUGACUGGCCUGUUUGGUUGAUUUUGAGUUUUUUUUUUUCUUCAUUUUUUUUUUCUUUCAAAAGAGUAUCUACGAAUGUGAUAUAGUGAUAAACAUCACAAUCUCUGACACAUUCCUCGUGUUGCUCUAUCCUGAUAAAUAAUACUUUGAACAGCAUGCGGUCAUCCACAGAUCACUGUAAAAUGAAUAAAGUGGUGUUAAAAUUUA